GAACAGCUUGUUCAGCUCAAUAAUUAAUAAUUAUUAAGGAAAACAAAUUAGUUUAAUAACUAUUUGUACAGUUGUUAUCGAUAAUUCUGUUUUUACCGGCGGUAGUCGCUGCAGCAGCCCAUCGAUCAGCUGAUUGCCUUGAGAGAAAUUUAUUUAAAUUACUUUGCCCACUGUUGAUCAAUUUCCAAAGCAAUCCAAUGAUCAAAUCCGAGGCAGAUUCCGAGAGGACCAAGCUGAAGCGGGAGAUCUCGGAGCUGCGAGCAGCGCUCAACAGGAAAGAGCAGUGCUUGCGGGAACUUGAGGCCGCAGUUUCCGUCGGAGCCGGAGCAGAGGAUCACGCCGAAGAAAAUGCACUAGUGUCUCCAGGAGGUACUACCCACACCAAGUUGACCAACGAUGACAUAGCACGGUAUAGCCGCCAGCUGAUAUUACCCGACUUCGGUGUCCAAGGACAGUUGAGGCUGAAAAACAGCUCCGUGCUGAUUGUGGGGCUUGGCGGUUUGGGAUGCCCGGCGGCACAAUAUCUGGCGGCAGCUGGAUGCGGACACCUGGGGCUCAUUGACUACGACGAGGUGGAACGAAGCAACUUCCACCGCCAGAUCCUGCACUCAGAGGCGCGACUCGGCAUAUCCAAGGCGGAAUCAGCUAGGAUUGCCCUGCUGGAGCUGAAUCCGCACUGCGAAAUACGCUGUCACUCGAGGCUGCUGUACAGUCAGAAUGCCAUGCACAUUAUUCGUGGCUACGAUGUGGUUCUGGACUGCAGCGACAAUGUGCCCACGCGAUAUCUACUUAACGAUGCCUGCGUGAUGCUAAGAAAACCCCUCGUCUCGGGCAGUGCCCUUAAGAUGGAUGGUCAGCUAACCGUAUAUAGCUAUGGAAAUGGACCCUGUUACAGAUGCAUCUAUCCUGUGCCUCCGCCUCCGGAAGCGGUCACAAACUGCGGCGAUGGCGGAGUCCUGGGCGCCGUCACUGGCACCAUAGGAGCAAUGCAGGCUCUGGAGGCAAUCAAGGUGAUUGUGGGAAUGGGCGAUGUCCUAGCCGGUCGCCUACUCAUAUUUGAUGGCAGCAGCAGCUUGUUCCGCAACAUUCGUAUACGCAGCAAGAGGCCCAACUGUCAUGUGUGCUCCGCCCAGCCGCUAAUCACGGAGCUGAUCGACUACGAGAUGUUCUGCGGGAUGCACGCCACCGACAAGGACAAUCCCUUGCAGCUACUGGCGGCGGAUGAGCGCCUGUCUGUAAAGGAGUACCAGGAGAAGCUCCAGCCACAUCCCCAUCUGUUAAUAGAUGUUCGGCCAACGGCUGAGUUCGAGAUUUGCCAAUUGCCCGAGGCUGUGAAUGUGCCGCUUGUGGAGAUCCUGGACGAUAGUUACCUGAAGCGGUUCGCCAAGCAGCUGGAGGAUAAAGAAUUGCCCAUAGUCCUGCUUUGCCGGCGGGGAAAUGACUCCCAGAUCGCCGUUCAACAUGUGCGCAAUAGAUUCCCCAUGCAUUCCAUUCGAGACCUGAUUGGUGGACUGCACGCCUGGACAAACAGUGUAGACCCCAAUUUUCCUAUAUAUUAGUUCGACGAAUGAUAUACGAUUGAAUAUAUAUAGAAUUAUUUCAUUGUUUUUUUCCUGCAAUUGCAUUUGAUUGUUUGGUUUUCACCUAUUUUUUGUUAUCACUAAUUCAAAGCUAGUCUAAUAAAAUGAAUAAUACAGUUCUGCCUUUAAAAAAAAACAUUUCUAAUAACAUACAAUGGUUUUCUGGCAUUAA